GGGUGGGGGAACCUAGAACUUGAACCUCUAGAAACACCUACUGUGUGGUUUCUAUUGUGUGUUAGAGCUAAUGUUUAUGUAAGGCAAGCAUAAAAUUUGUUCCUGUAAAAAAAUAAAUGGGGGUUUGUUUGGGAUUAGUUAAUCCAAGAGUAGGUCUCAGGAAAUGGAUUCAUCAAGGUAGGAAUUGUAUGGUUCAAACAGAUUCCAUGAUGCAAAGAUUGUCAUCUGUUGACUUUCCUGCAGUAGUGCUCUAUGGGAAAAUGAGAGGAUCCUCAUUCCAGGCCACUCAUUUGUUGAUGAGUGUUAACUAACCUUAGGGCUAGUCUUGGGAACUCGGUGCACCCAACUGUGCAACUAGACUGGGGCUAAUCAGAUCGUGUUAAGUAUACUAACGGGAAAUACUUCUUGCUUCAUGAAAUACUACCUUUCAUGAAGAUACUCAGAGCUGUCUACUUAUCUGUCUGUCUACCUAGCUAUCUGCCUACCUGUAACCUAUCACAGCGAGUUUGAUUUGGCUGCAGAUCAUGUUUAGAAAUGUGUGAAUCCUGGUCUUCAAUCUUCCUACUUGUUGCUCCGCUGUUUUUCAAGAAGCAGCCGCUCCCCAUCUAUAUCCAGACUCAGAGGCUGGGAAACCAAACUUGAAACUUUACUGGAAAGAUGAAACCCGAUGAAACUCCUAUGUUUGACCCAAGUUUGCUCAAAGAAGUGGACUGGAGUCAGAAUACAGCUAUAUUUUCUCCAGCCAUUUCUCCAACGCAUCCUGGAGAAGGCUUGGUUUUGAGGCCUCUCUGUACUGCAGACUUAAAUAAAGGUUUUUUUAAGGUAUUGGGUCAGCUGACAGAGACUGGGGUCGUCAGCCCGGAACAGUUCAUGAAAUCUUUUGAGCAUAUGAAGAAGUCUGGAGAUUACUACGUUACAGUUGUGGAAGAUGUGACCCUAGGACAAAUUGUGGCUACAGCAACUCUGAUAAUAGAACAUAAAUUUAUCCAUUCAUGUGCUAAGAGAGGGAGAGUAGAAGAUGUCGUUGUAAGUGACGAGUGCAGAGGGAAGCAGCUCGGCAAACUGUUAUUAUCAACUCUUACUUUGCUAAGCAAGAAACUGAACUGUUAUAAGAUCACCCUUGAAUGUCUACCACAAAAUGUUGGUUUCUACAAAAAGUUUGACUAUACAGUAUCUGAAGAAAAUUACAUGUGUCGGAGGUUCCUAAAGUAAAAACCACCAUCAAGAGGUUAAUGCUACAAGGCUUAAUUAACUGUUUUAGAGUUCAUUUUUGUUCCCUAACUACUAGACUGAAAUAGGCUGUGGUGUGCCAGUGUAGUAACCUGGGAGGAUGCUGGGAAUACAGAUGAUCAUAAAGGGGGAGGAUUUUUAACCAAAGGAAUAUAUUUUCAACUUGAAUCUUUUCUUGCAUUGUAUUUUUCUAAAGUUUGUCUUCAUUUCUUGGUAGUCAAGAGUAUGGGUAGUAAACAUGUCUGCUCUAUGCUGCUCAUUUUUAAAUAUAUGUAUAUAUAUAUAUAUAUAUUGAAUAAGGGUGUUUCUUACCAUAAAAUUAUUUUUGUCUCAUACAUCUAAAUAGACUUAAGGUGCACCAGUUCUCAUUGGACACUUCUGUUAUCAUGACCACCAGAUACAUAUUUUCUGGUUGAUCCUAACCCUGCAGUCUUUUUAAAGCAACAAAAGAAAAAUGGGACAAGGUACAACAGCUUAAAUAACGAUUUACUAAGUGUAAAGUUUUGUGCAGAUACUGUACCACCUGCCAUCUGUCACAUGAUGUUAGAAUUAUCCAGGGUCCUUUUCAUCUGUCAAUGAGCAGCUCCCAGGGGAGCUGCUACCCUGGUUUCUGUACUGUUGACAGUUGAAGUCUUUGAGUCACAAAAAAAUGUGCAGUACUGCCUAAAUUUAGUACAGCUUUAAAAUGAUGGUAGCUUUUCUAUUUAAUGUGAUUAUAAUGGUACUAUUAAUCUGAUCCCUGUCCUGUCUGUUUUAUUUAAAUGAUUUUUAAAAAUAGAAUCACAUACUUUAUUAAUAGUGGUUCUAAUCUUUUGCAUUCCAUGUGAUUACAUUAAACUUGUUUAUAUGAAUCGUCUUUCAUGUUAGAAUCUUGUCUUGAUUUCUUUUUUGUCGAGACAGGGUGCCCAGGAUAUCCUGGAACCCCUCACACAUGUUCUAAGAACUGGUAUUCCAGGCAUGUAGCACCAUGAUCAGCUUCAGUCUAUGAGGUUAAGACCUGGCUCUUAACACCCUAGGUUUUUGUAUCUUCUGUACUUCAAUUGGACUUUGGAUUUUCCUGCAGUCAUUAGGGUGACUUUCAUUUUCAGAGUUCUUUAGUUCUGUAACCAUGACACAGCUUCAUUAGGUUUUAUCUAUGUUAAAGAAAGCCUUUUCCCCAAAGUAAAAUUUAGCACUUUAUUUUUUAGCAUUAAACUCUUGGGUAAGACAGUCUACGAUGUUACUAUUUCAAUAAAACCUAUGGAGUUGUGUUGAGGUUUUCUCUUAAAUCGUCUUACAGAAACAGUUGUAGUAUGUCACCAACUGAAACAGUUUUAAUAUUAUUAAAUGUUUACUCACCUUCAUCUGUGGGAGUAAAGCUGGGUUACUUCUACCCAGAAGACAAAGAAGUCUUGAGGCAUAAGGAAUAUGAAUGAGCUUCUCAAUCAUUGCAAGUACAAUGGCACAAGAGUUUUAAUACAACCACCAGUCUUCACAAAAUAAUUUUAAUACUUUGUGCCCAGGCUAGCAGCAUCUUGCACUGUGACAUUCCUAUACAUACAUAAGCAUUUUAUCUGAGUACAAAUGUUAAAAGUAGAAUAACGUAAGCAAUUGCCUAUACAGAGGUAAAUAGACACAUGUGUUACUGUUCUUGAGUCAUUUUUGCUGCAUAGUAAAUUGCAAUUACAUGUCAGUAUCAUGUUACUGAUUGAGAAACACUUUGAACUGUGAGGUAUGGUAGCUCCCUGUAAGAGAGCAGAACAUGUAAACCUGAAUAUUUUGAGUGGUUUUUUUUUUUAGCUGCCAUGGAUGGGAAAGACAAAAGAAUUAUCCAGCACUCAAGACUCUAGAAACUUAUUUUCCUAAUAAAAAUAAAUAAAUACAAUCCUUGAGUAAUUCUCAGCUAUUUCCUACUAUUUCCUCAUUGGAGUGUUGUUGAAUGGACAAAGAUACUGUAAAUACUGAAGUGAAGCUAUGCUUUAGGAUUGUGAAUUAAACCGGUUAUUAAAAAGAUCCACCAGGUAA